AUGGCCACAACGGUUCGCGGAUUUGGCGGGAAGAUCUCGCGCCGGGCCAAGGUGCCCGGCGGCAGCGAGCAGCUCGGCUCCCCCUCGACCCGAUCUACUGCGGACGAUGCCUUCACUGCUGCCGUCAAGCGGGCUGAACUUACUCCCAAGCGUGCCAAAACCAGCCCCACGGUCCGCAGCUGGUCAAACUCAGCCACCCGAUCCUCGGCCCCGUCCCAGCCAACACGAGUGCUCUCUGCUGCUGAGAGCCCCAGCCCGCAAAACGCAUCCCCGCGCGCGAGCGCACGCACAGCAAGCCCUCCCAUGCCUGCUAGCCCGCAGUCGCAGCCAAACCCCCGACAGCUACGGCGUCUUCGCUCCGCCCCCGCAAGCGCACCCACAGCGUCUGCAACCGCCCAGCCACAACCGUCUCGUGCCGUCGGGCGAGCGGACACGACUGCACCGCUCGUGACCGCCCUGCUUCGCCGCAAUCGCCCCGUUCGACGCGAUACUCCGACCACGCCGAGCCACGACCAGCCGGUACAGCGCAUCCUGAGCUCCAGCUCCAGCUCCAGCUCCAGCCCCAGUCAAACUCAACCUAGUCCGGAUCAGGGCCAGAGGCAGAACCACAGCCAAAAGCAUGACCAGAACCACAAUGGCCGGCUCGCUCACAACUCGCGAGCAUCUGCGCGAUUGUCUCGCCCUCAGCUCAAGUCACCACCACCAACAACAACCACGACGGCUUUGGCUCGCAGCCAAUCCGUCUCGACCACCCCAGCCCAAGCCCAUGUUCCGCCUGGGCCCCAGCGAAGCGCAUCCUCCCCUGUCCGACCUCGCCUUCUCCGCCUUCGCUCCGACCCCCGCUCCCCCAGUCAACCUAGUCGAGCUGGACGUGAACCAACUCGAAGCAAGACACCGCCGCCCCAAGCCUCGGACCCACCCGAGUCUGAGCAGGAUACGCAGCCCCUGAAUGACCCUGACUCGCUGGACGCCGACACCGAACCCUCGGCCGCCGAGCUCGAGCUCGCCCUCCCUCGCCUCUACAAGGCUCAAACCUCCCCCGCUCGCAUUGGCCUUCGCCCCUCUCCAAGCACCUCACAACCUAGCUGGCCCAACACCAAACCUGACGACCCACGCCCAGAGCCGCGCCGCAGUGUCAGCGACUUUGUCACGAUUGCUCGAACGACUGAAGCCCAUGCCUCCUUGGAACAGGGCCAGCAGCAAGAGAAAACUUGCGUGGACCGCCCCUACUUUGGUCUUUUUGAGGAGCUGGCUCGGGUGGUCGACCUGGGCCUGGAGCGAAUCGCCCACCAGCAAUCGGCGUUUCCCGCCUUUGCCUUUGAUGCCAUUUGCACCUGCCUCCGCAUCCUUAUUAGCGCCACCAAUCAUCAGCCGGAUUUGAACGCACGAUUGGGAACACUGACGUGGCCCAAGCGCUGCUGCGAGGUGGUUCUUUUACGCCGGCACCUCAAGUGCACCUCUCUGACUGAUUCGCAAAAGUUUGACCUGACGGUCAUGAGCAUGUCUUUGCUUGCCAACGUGAUGGAGCACAACCUGGAUAAUCGUCUGUUGAUUGGAAGCUAUCGCUGGCGCGAGGGCGCCAAGGAACAAUCUUUUAUUUCAGGGCUCGUUGACAUCUUCCGAGCACACCAACGCGUUGAUGAAACGGCCAUGCUGGAAAACGACGCUGAGGCCGAUACUUCAGAUAACAUUCUGUCCGCCUACGUGGCCGUGGCGCUGGGCUCACUUUGCAUGCAGGCACCGGAUAAUGAGCGGGAAUUGGUGGAGCGAGCCGGGCUUGAUGACGUUCGAGACAUUGCCAUGCAUCUUCGCGAGUUUCUGCUCUUUCAACAAACCGCAACGGGAACGGCUGAUCGCUCCACGGUCGACGCCAUUGCUGCCAUCAUCGACAACCUCGAGGCCAUGGUGGAACGAGCAGAAACUCGGGCGAAGGCGCAGACAGAGUCUCAAGAGCCAGCUUAAGCCAAGUUUGCCUUGCGUGACCCGACAGGCCGAGUGGCAAUAUUAGAGCUCAACAAGUCUAAUUGACUGAAACUAG